AGACAUCUUGCUUGGUGUAUCGCUCUCUCUUCUCAUCUAGCAAUUUUCGUUGUGCUAGCGAAACGAAAAGGAGAAACGUGGUCUGUGCCUUCGUUGGACUAGAUUGGCAAUGUGACGUAAGCUGCGGCUCACGGUGACAACCUGCUUACACUUUAUAGCUGGCGUGUUUGAGUAUGAGCCGCUAGAUUUUGUUUCCAUCUUGGACAGUAAUUGGUGUUUUCCAAUACUUAGGCGCACACGGUGACCACCAGCUUUUUCCCAUAGCUGAUUCGUUUGAGUAUGUGCUCCGAGAUGUACGCGUCUCGUUUCCGCUUGGCGCCAAAUGACGCACACGGAAGCCAGUAUCGUUGACCUGCUGAAAGCUUUUGGUGUUGGUGCCGUUAAACUUCGCGGUUGCCAGUUGCACAUGCGACCGCAAGAACGUACAGCACCAACAGGAACAAGACCGCGACGAGGUUUCUUUCGUAUUUGACUUGCUGUGGUGGAUAUAACGGUAAUUUCUCUGUGCUCAGGUUUUUUCCGCAGCACGUGCGAUUCAUCAGCUUCUAGAAAGCUGUCACAAAGUUAGAACCAUUGUAAUCGAAAUGUCAACUUUUUUCUUUUCCAUCUCCGUAUCUUAAAGCUGCUCUCAUUUUUCUUUCCUUUCGACAACAAAAUGCAUUUCGUUCUGCUACUCCGCUGCCAUGCGUUUGUCUGGCAAAGUCUUGAAAACUGAACUCAAUUUAUGUUGGCAUAGUGUAACUGAACAAAAGUGUCUCAUUUUUCCGAUGUCGCAUUCCGCCACACCAAAGCACGGGCGUAGGCUCUGCGACCCUGCGUGGCUCCAGAAUCGUUUUCCUUCUAUCUCCUCAGACGUGCCGUACGAGCUCAAGGUGUCCAGUCAUCAAUGCCACAGUCGAGGGCAAGCCAGCGAAGAAGAAUUCACGAACCUCAUCUCCUCCUCGUUUCGGCAAACUUUAAGAGAUGUGCUUCCUUACCCCGAAUCGUUUCGCACAGUCUCGAGCGCUCCAGGCGGAAUCUGGUUUUGGGAGGUGUAUCGUCAUGCUUUGUUCGGUGAAAACGUGAUUGUGCAUUUGGGCGGAACUGGUCUUUCUCUGACGGAGGAUUUCCCUGCCAGUCAAGCCGAGUUGCGGUCCAAGGCGUGCAUCGAAUACGUCCCCGCAUCAGCGCGUUCACGUCACCUGCUUGCGCAUGGCGCCGCGAAACUGGAAGUUUUGUACGCCCUUUCCCUCACCGUUGCCUUGCAUGUGGCCAAACAUCCGGUGCUAGAGCGCGCACAAGGACCACGGGCGGUGGUGUUGUGCGCGACUCAUUCUCAGUGCAUUGAGUUCACUGCCAUCUUGAACCUCUUUUGCCCCUCGCUGCACCUGGUUGUGCACAACUUAUUUGAAGGGUACCCUUCGCUGCCCGCAGGUAAACGCGCCGACGUGGUCGUCGGAACACCACCGCUAUGGGAGUCCGUAUCGCAGCUCGGAGGCGGGUCUUCCACUGUCAACAUCGACGCCGCAGCACGUUUGGGAGGGUUGGAAGACUUGCUGCUUGACAUAGAAGGCGAUGGCCAGCUACCUCCAGCAUACAACCUCAGUCGGUGGCGUCCGUAUAAGCUGACGUACGUGGAGCAGCUGGUUCUGUUCGACGUCGAAUUGCAGGUGAGCAUGGGGUUCGGGUCAAUUCUGCAGCACGUUGUAAAUGCGCAAGAUGCUCCAACAAGCCCCUGCAAGGCAAAUAAUGAGGUGUGCCCGAAGGGAGGGCUACCCAUCUCGUGCCAGCAGUAUGUAGUCGUUGGCGAGGACAGAUUCAGAGUUGAUGAUGGUGCAGUGGAGAUUCUGCUGAGGGCAGUUGGUGAAAGGGGAGGGGUGUUGGGAAAUGGUGGAACGGCAGAAAUCGUACUCGCUUCUGCACAAGCUCUCAACAACGACGAUCACCUACGCAAACGGUCACGGGAAGGAGAGGUAGACGCCGAGGAAGGAAAAACGAAGUUUCGCCGCGCAGAAGACGAUGAAAGAAUUCAAGAAAGGCACUCGGCGGAGGCGAGAAGCUCGACACAGAGCCUGCCAACGACUGUUUCGGCUCCUAAAAACUUCGACGGUCUUUUCAUUCGUAACGCGCUGUCCCACGCUCGAUUAGUAGCCGACUUCGACGCUCUCACAGACUUCACACAGCGGUUGAUCGACGUGGCCGAAGAGUUUUGGCUGCAGUUCGAAGGAGUAGCACAAGGAGAGCAUGACGUUGCCGCUGUGUUGGAAGGGUGUGCCACCGAUGCAGCCGGCACAGUUUCACAGCCGUCACUGAAACCACCAACGGCAGUGUCCCGUGCACUUCAAGUUGACCUCGCUCUUGUUUGCGUCAAGCUCGAUGCUGUAGAUCGUUGUAAAGAGGAAGUCCGUGCUUCGUCGAGCAAGGUUGCAAGCCACCGGGCACAGGAACUGGGAAUAUGGGUGCACCCCGCAUCGACAGCUGGCGAUGCCUAUUCUUCCCGUUUUGUCUUACUUUUUAAGCAUCUGUCUGACCACUUCAACGGAGAGCUCUUCGAUGGCAGCAUUAUACAAUGCGUGCUCGCCGAGGACACCCCUCGACUCCCUUUCAACCUUUUCCCGCUAAACUCCGACUGCGCUUUUCCCGUGCGUCUUUUGCUCAAUGAUGCUUUUGUGUAUGGAGAAAACUUGUUGCGUCCGACCCUUUUAGAGAUGGCGAAGAAGAGCAAGAGCGAAGAGACCGAGGCCAUGGCAGAGCGCGCCAACGAACGUCUUUGUGUCACGUCUGCUAGAGAAAGUGGCGAUUCUGUUCAGCGACGCGGCGAGGAGGGCAUACCCUUUUCCCUGUUUCUUCUUCCUCCCAGCCGUUCACCAUCAAACGGGGCUUUAAAGUCGUCGUUGCCGGUUGUGCCUGUCGAUACUGGAACUGUUAUGGUUCUCCGACAUUUGCUGCUUUCCCAAGCCGAGUCGUGCGGGGCAAAGGCAAGCACAGGGAAUGCCACCACAAAUAGCGCAGAGAAACCGUUUGUUCUCCAUGUCAUAGAAGAGUGCUGCCAGUAUGGUCGUGUGCUUUCCUAUCACGUGCACGAGGAUCCGCUACAACGGCCGCAGAGUUCUUUGAGGUCGACAGUAGGAAAUAAUGAGGACCAACCCGCAGUAACGGACCUGGCCACGCCGGGAGCAGCGACCGUGACGUGGGACACGCAUAACACAGUGCUCUCUGUAUUUGUUGAAUUUGCCAGUGCUGAAUCCGCGAUUGAGGCCGCGCGUCAGUUUGCGCAGCGGUUUGCUCUCCAAGCCGCUGAAACAAAACAGCCGGAAAGCCACAACCCCCGCGUCCGGCUCUUUCGAAACAGCACUUAUUAUCAAGGUGUACACCAAGAUGAGAUGCGCAUGUUGAGGCAGGACUCUAGCGAUACCAGAGACGUGGACGAUAACGACGAGUUCUUCGAUGAGUUGCUCACAGAAUCGCUUUUGGCGGAGUGA